AUGCAUGCUUUAGAGUUUUAUCAGAAAAGUAGUCAACUUCAACCGACCACUUCGUUUGCUUCAUUUAAUAUUGAUAAUUUAUGUAUAAGAUUUUCACAUCAAGAAGCUAUUAAUGCUCUAGAACCUUUUCUUAGUUAUUAUGUGCCAGAUCAUUAUAUUCAAGGCAUGAUAAUUGAUAAAAUUCUUCAACUUGUAUCUUCUCGUUCUGGAAAAGCAAUAUUUCGUCCACAGUUACAAGUUAUAUCAACAGAUUAUUGGUGGUGCUUCUAG